CUCUGGCUCCCGUCAUGCUCCGGGCGGCGGGAAUUUCGGAGCGGGCGGGCUCCUCUCGCUUUCUCCCUUCCCCGACCGCCCGACCGGGAGCGGCCGCCGGAGCCGGGUGGAAAAUUUCCAGAUAGGUUAAAAUUUCUGCAGAGAAAUAAUCCUGACAAAAAUGGAGACGCAUAUGGUUUUCUUGUAGAGGAAUAUCCAUAAAGAUAAACAAAGAUGCUUCUGGGUAAGCAAGAACACUUCCUGUCCUACAAUGGUGAAGUCCUUAUAUUUCAGCUGUCAAAACCAAAUCAUGUCGAGGGAGCAGCUGAUAAAACAAUGAACUUAUGUGUCAGAAGAAUGUCAUUCAACAGAGACACUAAGCUGUUUGUUCAGAAGUCUUCUGGAUUAUUCAGCAUGCGUGCCAGUCAUUUAAAAAUUGAAAUAAUUUGUUGUAGCUGCGCAACGGAUUCCAGAACAGGGGUUAUUCUUCCCUGCAUUUUGAUGAAGAAGAAAAAACGGAACAAUGUUUUCAGAUACCUUUUAUUGUUGCUUCACAGCUCAAAUCAAUUUGAGCAGUCCUUUUAUUUUAAAUUGGAUUAUGAGCUGAAAGAAGACAUCAGGUUGUUUACUGGCCCUUCAGUCUUGUGGAGGCAUGCCAACAAGCUGUUCUACAUCUCUUCUGACACCUGCACAGUUCUAAGUGCUCCUGUUCAGCUGUCUUCUGUUGUGUGGACAGGUGAAAUUGCAGAUGAAGGCACUGUUGUCUUAGGGACAGGAACUGCUUGCCUGCCAGAGAGUGAAGAUGAGGAUGAGUUUUCCACUUCAGACAGAGCCAUCUGGGGUAGCGAGUUCUUUGGAUACGCAGUUAAAACACAAAAAAUGCUAACUGGCACGUGCUUUAUGCCUCAUGCUUACAGCAGAGUGGUAUCUUCUGUCUACGUCUGCAAGAAUGAGAUAUCAAAAAAACAGCUCCGAAUAUCACUUGUUGCCAUAACCCACAAGAAUCAGCUUAUUUGGUUCCAAAAUGGUCUCCCUAAAGGUGUUUGUGAGCUUCCUUAUGAGAAACCAUGUUCAGUAAAAACAGCUGUAACCAGUAGCAGUGAUUUGCUAUUUAUUGUGUCUUUUGCCUCCGGAAAUAUCUGUGUUGUACAGAGGAGAGACAGCUUACAGGUGGCUUCCAAAUGGCAAAAAGUGAAGUCUGUUCUGGUGGAUGAUUUUAUUGGCUCUGGAAGCGAGCAACUGUUACUUCUUUUGAAGGAUGAUUCCAAUACAGAAGUGUUAAGUACGUUCAUACUAACAGAUCUUGGAGAGGUCAACUAUGCAAGUGGUAUUAAUUAUAAACAUGAUGUUCCUGCUGCAGAAGGAUUGCAAGAGAAUGGUUUGCUUACUGUCCAAGCCCUUGAAACAAGAUUACAGGCUGGUUGCACCUCUGUUCGAGAACUACAGCAGCAUUUAAGACUCAAAAAGAAGGUUAUUCUUGAAUCUUGCAGAGCAUUAAUAAAUCUUGUUGAAGAAAGAACCCAUAUUCUACCAACUGCAAAAGAGGUAAAAUGCAGAGGAGAGUACAGAUCUCUUCUGAAUUCUGCUGAGCCAUUUGUAGAGGGUGCUUCCCUCAACCACUUGUUGCUUUCACCGGAAGGUCUUGUCUCUCUCUGGGAUGAUGUAGAAAAUCCUCCUCAUUCUCUUAGUAAAGAGACAUCAUUGGCGUCUAAAGUCCCAGAGCACUUCAUAGAGAAAUUGUGGCAGCGUGUUGUGGGUGACAGCUUGGUAGUUGGAGUAGAACUAACUGCAUCAUUUUACUUGUCACUGAGUGAUGUCAGUUUAUCUUUAGUGAUGGAUCAAGACUUCUCUUUGAUUUCUCCGAUUAUCAAGUGUCGAAAUAAAAUCAUUAAGCUGAACAAAGCAUUCUCAGCAUUGUCUGUCUCCUCGUGUCAAAUUGAGCCUCCUCCAAAAAAGAUGAAAUUGGACUUGCAUAGCAAGAAUGAUCUGAAGAAAGAGUUUCCUAAGAGAUGUUCACAGCUUCAGCUGGAUGGAGCAAAGAUGGUCAUUGCUGUUACCAGCCUUUCACCAUUAUUGGCAUUUCAUCGUGUAUGUUGCAUAGUGCUUCUACAUGCAAAGAAACAAAAACGUCAGAACGAUAGUUUACAGGAGAGCAAAAACAUUACUGUACUCUGUGGGAAAAUUUUGUUAAGUCUGGAAGAUAUUUCAAAUGGAAAAUAUUCAGUAAAGAUGCUAAGGGAUAAUAGUUACUGCACAGGUUCCAUGGAAGAUAUACUUGCUGUCCUUGCAGUAUCUGUCAGAUUCUCCUUUCAGAUUGUGUCUUCUGGCUGCACAUUGACUCCGGUAAAUUCAUGGUUACUGGGAGAAAUGGAGUGCACACCAUUUAAGGAAUGCCAUGACAGCAUAUUCUGUCAUAAAGCAGGAAAUGUGUACGGUACAGUUUUUAACUGGACCCUGAAAAAUCCAUUUGAAGGAGUUCUAACGUUAUUUUGCAGAAACCUGACUGUCUUGUUCCAGUGCCUUCAUAGCCUUUCUAGAGUUCUCCCACCAAGCUGUGAUGUAAAACUCCUGAGAUCUGGAAGCAAAAGUAUACUUACUGAACAGUUAGCACUGGCUUUGGAAAAAGAAAUCUUCAUCUUAAGGUGUUCUUUCUUCUCAAAAGAAAGUAAAGCUGAAAACAGUCUGACAUGGGACAAUAAGCCUGGCAAGAAAAUCAGUGAUGUUCCUGUGGCUUCUUUACUGGACAGUGAGGAUGGAGUUCAGCAGUUCAGAAAGAAGCUUCAGAAUGAACGGGAAGAGAGUGUGCUAAAUACCACCUAUGCAUCCAGGAAGAGAACUGCCUGUGGUCUUGCAGAAAGUUCAACUUCUGUGUGUAUGUCCUCCAGAUGCAUUAGAGUGGUGAUGUGGUGAUGUUUUUCAGUCCGAGGCGUCUUCUCAUAUUGGCAACAGGAGUAAACCAAUGUACAUCUAAAGGCAAAACACUAGCUAGAAAAACUGUAAAUGUGAGAACACGGUGCUUUUUAAGUUCAACCCAGUAUGGUGACAUAGUCUUGCUUUUGAUAUACUCAAGAGUAUUAAAUGUCUCCCUUUUUUGGCUAUAUAGAAGGGAAAUUUUGCCAUAAGAUGUCAAGAAUGCCUUAAGAAAUUGUUACAGGUAUUUGAAAUUGAGUAUUUACUAGAUGAGAAAGUAUUGUUAAAAAAAAACCAAAAACUUUCUUUGUUAAGCCACAGUUCUGUUCAGCCCAUAGUCAAAGCUUAAGAGCUCAUUGUCAGGGCUUGGCAGUCUGUUGUCACUGGAAUUUCCAGAGAAAGUUCCUGAUUAUAAACCCUUAAAUGAAGCAAAAAAUCUCAAAGUGCAAUCCUGUAGCUUGCAGCUAAGGGCAAGACCUUGGUAAACCAGCUGAGCAGAAACUUUCAGAGCAACAAAGCUACUAUUCAGCUCAGGGCACUUGAAGGAGUUUAUGCAAAGCAGUGUAAACAGUCCAGCAGUUGAUUUUUAUUAGCCUGGUGUCAUGUUGUAACUAACUGUCCUAUGUCUGUCUGUCUUUAAAGAGAAACUUCCACUUGUGUUUGUAUCCCUUUAUUGAACUAGUAGAGCGGGACAAAUGAAGAGAAGCUGCUAAGGACAGAAGUUGCCAGUUUCCAAUUCCAUGGACUUCUCAUUGUUACUUAAAAGAAGCAAACAGUGAAAUCACAGAAGUGUAGAAGUGAAAUUAUUAGAGUAGAAUAAUAAUGCAUACAACAUGUUCCUACUAAAGAGUCUUUCCAGAGGCAUGAAUGCUUAGUUUGCAUAUCAUCAGAUGAGAUCAUUAAAAGCUUUCUGAACAGCUCUAAGAUUCCUCCAACUGACUAGUAAUGCAUAAUGACACAGCACGACUUCAGUGGUAGUGAUGCAAUCGGUAGGCCUAUUGUAUAUACAUGGGAGAUAUAUCUAUGUGCCAAAAUGUAAAGGUCUGCUGGAAAUACUUGGAAAGUUUAUGCUGGUAUGGGGGGGGGGGGGGGAGGGGGGGUUGCCAGGAAUCAUGGAAAAAUGGAGCAAGAUUGAAAAAAAGCUCAGGCUCUCUAGAUCUUAUCUUCAAGUGGCAGCAAAAGGAAUUUCAUUUAGAGAUAUGUGCUUUCCUAAACUUGCCUUUCAGAAGUAAAAGCACCUAAAGGGGUUAACCUUCACCUUAUUCGGUCUAUGGUGAUAUUUAAUCUCAGCACAUGCUGGUGUUCAAAGGGGGAGUCUAAAUUGCAUGGACUAGGAAAACUGGUUAGGUUGGUUCACUAUGUUUCUGUCUUGAACAUUUGGAGUCCCAUUUUCUGGACUUCCAAGAAAGUCUUGGAAGUGAGUUCUUGCACAGAGUAAGUUCUGCAAGUACUUUUUGGAGCAAAUCAUUUAAGAAAUGAAAUCAGUUAGUGGCAGCAGCAGUCCUAGUUACUGGGGACUGGUAUUGCCAAGAAAUAACUGCUAAAAUAGUUGGAUGCUUGAUUCUGUAAAUUCCCUUUUCCAUGAUAGUAGAUCAAGUUGGGAGAGAUACAGAUCACAACCAACAGAACCCUUUUUUAAAUAAAGCUGUUCAUAAUAGCAGAUAACUAUUCACAUAAAUUCACUUACAUGCUCAUAACUACUCUUUGGGAGCAACAACUGGGAGGCCAAUCCCAACUCCUGAGACUUCUAGCUCCUAGAUAGGUAGUUUAGAAAGCCUCAAAACCCCUUUGCUUCAUCAGGUAUGUAUAUGUAAUUUUGUAGGUUUUUUGUCUGCAUAUAGCAACUGCUACCUGCUUGUACGUGAUCCAAGUUAUGCAACUCGUGGUUGAUACUAGUGUGGGUAGUGGCUUUGUACACAGCCAGAAGACUCUCGGUGUUCUGAAUUUAUCAGUUCUAGUGGAUUUAACAGGACAACUGGUCUCUAGAGCUUGCCAGUUCUUGGGAGACUUCCACAUGCUGCUUCUCUACAUGUAAUCUUCUCCUCAGCCUGCUGAUGCCUGGUAACCAUUCCUCUAUCCUGACCUGUAGAACCCCUUCACACAAACUCGCACAGAAGGAACCUUUAUCACAUAACUUUUGUCAAAAGUAGUAAAAUUAUGCUCACAGCCAACUUGUCUUGACACCAAAGGGUCAAGAAAACAUAGUUCUGAUUUCUAAAAACCAGCAGAUAUCAGUGUUUUCUGGCAGGUAUCUAUAGGAAUGGUUCCAGUCUUCUGCCCAGAGCAAUGAUCAGCAUGUAGACGUGUACCUUGUCAUGGCUCUAUUACCACCUGUUUCAGAAGACUGGGAUGCAAAAGGGAAGCCUGGCAUAUGAAGCGUGAGCUGUCAUGUCUAUAUACAGUCUUAUGUCAUUGGCACUUGGCACUUUUAAAUCAGCAUGAUUUAAGG